AUGGCUCGGAAAUUCUUGGGCCUCGAUGGCACCAAGCUGCAGAUCGCCAUCGGUCUGCUGGCCGGCAUGGACUUUCUGCUCUUCGGCUACGACCAGGGUGUGACGGGUGGUCUGUUGACCCUUCAAUCGUUCAACUCUGUGUUCCCUAGCAUUCAGACUUCGGGAAUGGUCAUGCAUGACGGCGUACUUACACCCUGGAAGAAGCUUCCACCAUCGGUUACCAGUUAUCGGACUACGAAGCAAGGUAUUGUCGUCGCAGCGUACAACUUGGGAUGUUUUGCAGGCUCUAUUCCCACCAUCUGGGUCGGUAACAUGCUGGGUCGCCGUCGUGCGAUCUUCAUCGGUUCUGCCAUCAUGAUCGUUGGCGCCAUUCUUCAGUGCACCUCAUACGAUCUGGCGCAGCUGAUCGUUGGUCGCCUGGUGACUGGAUUCGGAAACGGCAUAAACACCUCCACUGUUCCUACUUGGCAAUCGGAGUGCUGCAAGUCCCACCGCCGCGGCCAGAUGGUCAUGAUUGAAGGUGCUAUGAUUACCUGCGGUAUCACCAUCAGUUACUGGAUUGACUUCGGUCUGAUGUUCGCGGACCCCAACCCUGUCGCUUGGCGGUUUCCGCUGGCUUUCCAGUGCUUCUUUGCCCUGGUCAUCGUCGCUUUGGUCAUGUUCCUUCCCGAGUCUCCUCGCUGGCUCAUCUUGAAGGGCCGCGAAGAGGAGGCCAAGGAGGUCCUAGCGACGCUGAUGGGUGAGGGUACCGACGAGAUGUUCCUGGAGACUGAGUUCACGGCCAUCAAAGCAACUGUGCUGGAAAUGGCCCAGGGCUCGCUGCGCGACAUGUUCACGAUGGGCCCGGAUCGUCAUUUCCACCGUACUAUGCUGGCCUACGUCAACCAGAUGUUCCAACAGAUCUCGGGUAUCAAUCUGAUCACCUACUACAUCCCCACUAUUUUGGAAGACCACGUCGGAUUGAGCGGAGUUGAGUCGCGUCUGAUCUCUGCGUGCAAUGGUACCGAAUAUUUCCUGGCCUCCUGGGUGGCUGUAUUCACUGUUGAGAAGUUCGGCCGCCGCACUCUGAUGCUCUUCGGUGCUGCUGGCAUGUCGGCUUCCAUGGUUAUCCUCGCAAUUGUCGACAGCAUCUCCUCCAAGCCCGAGAACCUGAACACUCCCGUCGCUGCCAAGGCCGGUAUUGCCCAAGCGGUCUUCCUGUUUGUGUUCAACACCUUCUUCGCCAUCGGAUGGCUCGGUAUGACCUGGCUCUACCCAGCUGAGAUUGUGCCCCUGCGGAUUCGUGCUCCGGCCAACGCCUUGUCGACUUCGUCCAACUGGAUCUGGAACUUCAUGGUCGUCAUGAUCACCCCGGUUGCUUUCAACAAUAUCGGCUACCAGACCUACGUGGUCUUUGCUGUGAUUAAUGCCUUUAUCGUGCCCGUCGUCUACUUCUUCUUCCCGGAAACCACCUCGCGAUCCCUGGAGGAGAUGGACCGCAUCUUCCGCAAGACCACAAAUGUAUUCAACGUGGUCUCGCUCGCUCGCAACGAGCCGCACAUGUACGGUCCCAAUGGCGAACUCCUUCGCACUCUGGAUGAUGUCGAGGAUGAGGCUGUUCGUCGCGCUAGCUUCUUGAACCAGCAACACAAGAAGAGCCAUGAGACCCACCGCGAGAACGCCGAGAAGGACAGCGAGAACACCAGCGAAUAG